AUCGGAUCGUGAGGUUUCAAAUUAGCUUCUUGACCAAUUAAUUACCUGAAGCGAAGAACCAGCUUGAAGAUCUCACGCCCAGCUUCCUGGACAAAAUCCGACCUGGGUCUUCUAGGGUCGCUCGGUGCCAGUCGGUGGCCCUUGUUUCGGCGAAUGGCAGCUUGGCAAGUGGUGGUGGUGGACGAGUGGGAUAACUCCGUAGUGGGAUGCGGCGAUGUCUGCACUGCGUUUCCUGAAAGGGUCGACCUUUGCCCUAACCCUGAGCCCUAACUGUCUGGUUAUGGGCAUGACCAUCAACUGUUCACUUCUACACUUCUACUCUGUAUAGCCAUAUAAUAUGCCUAACGACCAGGAGUGGAAAUGCAAAACCCGACCAGAUGGGCCCCCUUGCUGUGAAUGAAACUAGCUCAACUGGAGCAGCGGAAGCUAACCAGGCUGAAUGUGGACUGGCUCUCACGCGACAUUUGGACAGCGGCCUCUGGUGUGCAUGUCUCGGUAGUUAAUGUUUCUCUCACUACUGUUCAUUAGCCGCGGGCAUGUGGCGAUUGGAGCCUUGUUUGAGCGGCAGGCUUGAUCAGAGAUGCCGAAGCUGAAACGCGCCCAUGCGUCCAUGAAGCCGGGCCUAUGCAGACUGAGUCUAAGCGUCGAUUAGUUAAGACGAUCUUGAUGGCCUUCUGGCUCCGGCUUAUUAUUCUUAGUAUCACUAGGCUAGUAUUGUUCUGACCCGUCUCAAGGUGAGAAUAAUAAUAAUGUCAACAUGCAUUCUCAAGCCCCCACCAAUAUCUUCCCGCCCUUCCCGUACUCGUUUCCAGACUGCCGGGAUAUUCUGCCACGUCAAGCAACACCACACUUUGUUAAGGUGUGGGAAAAAGAAAAAAGAAAAAAAAAAUCUGGUCCUCGUCAGAGGAUUUUUGAUGCUGGCCUUGUUAUAUUAUCUGAUCAAAUUGACUGGGUGAGUAGCUACCUGUGUAGUGCUACCCAGCAAGUAGCUUUGGUGUCCGAGCAGGAUAUAUCUGUAUUGUUCGUGCCUCUAAUCCUCUUUUUUAUUUUUAUUUUUGACUAUUUUACUCUGCCUUUUCGUUCCACGGUCAACUUGCGAACCAGUUCCAAUUCCUGCGGCAACUGAAAAUUAUCCCGUCCGGACCACUCUAUCGGUUCCAUUUCCCAGGCGGUAUUGAAAUUUACGAAUGAGGUGCCACGCUCGAAGACAAUCGAAAUCCUUAGGAGGGAGAUUAUUUCCGUUCUUGUCCGUUCACCAACGCCUUGGUGUGGGGUUUAUGGGAGUCAACAAUCGUUGGGGAUUGGCUCUUGUAAUGACUAGACGUCAUGAUGUACUGUACUGUACUACGCCUGCUUAACAACUGGAUGCUGGAAAGCUGAGAUGCAUUACUCCGUAGUCCGUAAUCUCCAUGAGGUUCGGUCUGUCCCGGGACCAGGAUUUAUCAGCUUCAAUCCGCCAUGAUUUUUGAGAGCUAAGUGAGAAGGAAGGGAAGAGCGGCAAACCUCCCAUCUCAAUUUAUAAUCAUCUUCUUCCUUCAUAAGCCACUCAUCACACAUCCAGCUAAGCGGAAACUCUAUGGCAUAACCGAGAGGGCGUGCUCAUCUUUACCGUCUCGUCUAUUACCAACAAUCCUACCCGGAGUUCUGGAACAAAAAAAAGAAAAGAAUGCAUUAUGUACGAAAAAUACUGUGAAGAAAUUUAGAAUUUCUUGUUUACGAGAUGAGUAACUAAUAUUAAUGUGGCUCGAUCCGUACUCAUGCUCCUGCAGCAGUCUAUUCUCACUUCCCACUUCAGUUUUCUACUCUCUCAUCAAACCAUUUCUGAGCAAAUUCACCCUUACAUUAUGCAUUAGACCAGCCCGUGUCAGGAUUACGACAUGGCCUUGAGGCGAAAUAUCGAUUUCAUAUUCCGGGACACGUCUGCAUCUAAAUAAUGCGGGUCGGACUCCUUCGGGGUGUAUUCAUGCAGCUUUCCAACUUUUCUUGCUGGAACGGGAAUGCUCCGUGGUGCUGGAAGGGAUUCGACAACGGACAAGAGCGGUAUGGCCAAGACCGAAAAAGCAAGGGAAAAGGGGAAGAAAAGGGAAAGAAAAGGAAAAAUAUGUAUCACCAAUUGUGCAGCUAUGGCUAUGGUUAUGAGAGAAAUAUUCUUCAUGGCUCAUUCACCCUAUUGCUGAGAUUCCAACCAUCAGAUAUAUCAACAUCGAUUGAUGCCCGGCUCACAGCGGAAUGAAGCUAGAGAAUGUGUUGGGUCCCAAGUUCGCCAACCCGUCGAUCAGGUCCUAGAUUAUUUUCCACCUGAUAUGGAUUUUAUUCAUUCAAGCGCCCUUACUCCAUACAUACAGCCUUGUUUUCAUAGCUUUCAGCCUUCCGCAGAACUCCCAACAACAAAUCCCCACAUUCUACGUACAUAUAUUCCCAGCGACCAAGCAAGAUAUUCCAAGCGGAAGAAAGCAUCUGCCUACCUGCCUCUCGCGUGCCUUGCUCUGCAUGGUAUUCAUCACAUCGAUAAUGAUUUUAUCUGAUUGAUCUCAUUUCAGCAUUCAAUAUCUGAGCUGGGAAUAAUAUAUAUGCAUCACAAGAUAUACGCAAGUUAAAUGCACCUGCAAUAAAUAGUGCAUAUGUAUGAGUAAAUUUUAAAGCUACCAAGAGAUGCGCAUACUAUGCACAGUACAACACACGUCUCUCAAGGCAACCAACCAACUCUGGAAAUGCAGUUCUCAAAGAUCCUUGAGAAUGCCUUUCUAAGCAUUGCUCCAUCACCUUCAAGGCCAGCUGCACCACAGCCAAUGCACCCAGGUACUGUGCAGGGGGAAAGGAAGCGGUACCCGCCUAAAAAUUGAAAUCCCGACGCUGUACAUACAUGCCAUGCGACGUGUCGCUGGGAGUGAGAGAAAUCCUCAAUGAGAUCAUUGCAUGUGUCUAGCCUCGACUUGCGUGCUGUCACCGCUUCGUAGGCUUCUUGCCCUUUCACGACCACAAAAGGGGCUAACACUGUUUGUGUACUGGGUAAAGCUCCAACCUGCACACGUUGGACAGGGUUCCAACAACAGGUAUAAGUUGCUGGAAAGCUAAGGUAUGGUGUUAUCUCAAGCCAUUGGUUGCUUGUAACCUGGUGUAGGGAAUUUCUCAUGUUUUCUUUACACCGCCUGAGUAAUUGGUGGACAGUGUAGGCAUAUGCACCACCGCUCUACUGGUAGAGAGCCCGAUACCCUGGGGAUGUUGUCCUGAGUUCUAUAUCCUGACUUCACGCGGGGUGAUGGAUGAUGGAAAAAAGGGGGUGCCUGACAAACAUCUUACAUAAUCACCAUAUAUGAACUCCGCAAAAACCUCCGAUACAAAAAAGAUUCCUAGAGAAGGUGCACAAAACAGAGAGCAGCCAACAGCAGAGCACACUCAAUUGAGUAUAUAUAUAUACCCGUCUCUUUAUCUCCGCUGUUCCUUUCUGGUCAAAGAGCUGCCCUGCCCCCUCCCUGCUUUCCUGUCACCUCUGCCCAAACAGACCGAUGUCUGGCCCGCCGCUCUUUCUCGCCUCAAUCGGCAACCCCCCGCCCCGAUGGCAUAAAACCCUCCACUCAGCCGGCCACAUCCUCCUCCGUGCGCUAGCUCAACAUCUAGAUGCUCCCUUGCAACCAAUACCUCCCUACUCUCUAACCUCAAACCCACCCCCACGAGACCAUCCGGGCCCAUACACCUCCCGCACCCAGCUCCCCCGUACACGCACGCCACUGACGCUAUGGCAGUCACCAUCAUUGAUGAAUGUAUCCGGUCCAACGCUGAUAAGGACGUAUGAAAAGUGGCGUGCGGAACGGGGCGGUGGGAUCGGUGGUGACGUCGGUCUCUCAUUAAAGAGCAGCGCGGCAACGACAAAUAUAAUCCACGAAGACGGCCUAGGCCAAACCCAAAGCCAAAGCCAAAGUGAAACAAAACGCACAGCAAAAGACACCAACAAACCCAUCCCGCUAAACCUCAUCCUCCUCCACGACGACCUAGAACUUUCCCCGGGGAAACUCUCUGUGCGCCGCGGCGGCGCAUCCCUCUCCGCGCGCGGCCACAAUGGUAUCAAAAGCGUAGUGAGUAGCCUUGUCAAGGCUGGUAUGCUGGCGCCGGCGCGCGGGGCGGCCAAGAAGAUGAAAGGAGGCGGCGGUAGUGCUGUGAGCAGUGCGGGAGCACUUGACCCAACCCGCUUCCAGCUUACGCGCAUUGGGGUAGGCAUUGGGCGGCCGGCGAGCCGUGAGCCGGAGGAGGUGGCGGAGUAUGUGCUGGGCCGAAUGCCGGAUCGGCAGGUAGAGGUGACGGAAGGGCUAGUAGAGGAGUUGGUGGGGAUAUUAGAGAGGGAGGUUGGGAUGAUGACGGGGGAGUGACGGUUUGAUGUAGAUGCUAGCUGGUGUGGAGGUUGGGUUGCAUGCAUGGUAUAUACUGUACGAUAUUGAUGGGUGUGUAUGUUUGUAUAAUUGGCUACUAGAUUUCCUUUUGGUUUCAUUCCAGAUUGCAUUCGGAGGAUUGAUUGCUUUCUUUUUUCUUUUUUUUCUUUUUUUUUUUUUUUUUUUUUUUUUUUUUUUUUUUUUUUUUUUUUUU